UCAAAAAAAAAAAAAAACAAACAAACAAAGAAAAACCAAGAAAUAUUCUUAAAAUUCCGUAUUAAAAGUAUUUUCUGCACACGCACCUACAUACGUUACAUACAUGUUUAUUUAAAUCGUGGUUUUAAGUCCUCCUAAUGUGCAUGACAUAUUUUCUAGUGAGAUGAACAAUUAAUUUAUGAUCUUUUCGGCGUUUAUGAUGUGUGAAUAAAUUCAAAACGAGCAAAUGUUGCUGUGCUUAAGAUUUUCGAUUCAGUUUGUGUAAAUUUAUAACGUUUAACUUGCCGUGUAUCGUGUAACGUAUAACAAAAAAGAAAAACAAAAUAAUUUUUUUUUGUGCAAAUCAGAAGUGUAAAUGUUCAUCUUCUAUUCAAUUUUUUUUUUCGCUGAGAAUUGAAACGUAUGCAGAAAGAAAAAAGAACGAAGCCAAUUCAAAAAUUGCAUUGGUAAAAGAGGAAACGAGAAAAGUUUCAUUUUUAAAAACAUUUGCUACAUAAAUUGAUGACGAAAACAAGUUAAAAUUUUGAGUGAAAUUCAAGGGAGAAAAAAAUAUCUGAGAAAAAUCCAGUUUUAUAAUUGUUGUGAUCUCAUAAAAGAGAUCAAUCUUAACGGGUGCGAGUAAAUACAAUCAAGACCGAUUCAAGAUGAAAAUGUCAAAAUUAUCGAAUCAGACGAAUUCACAGGAUCCGCAGGCGGUGAAUUCAAGAGUGUUUGUUGGGAAUUUAAACACAUUUCAAUGUUCGAAAACAGAUGUGGAACGAAUGUUUCAAAAAUACGGUCGUUUAGCAGGAAUUUCAAUGCACAAAGGAUAUGCUUUCGUUCAAUUUACAAAUCCAUUUGAUGCCCGCAACGCUUGUCACGGGGAAGAUGGAAGAACGAUUCUUAGCCAAGUGUUAGAUGUGAAUAUGGUAGCCGAACCAAAACCACACCAAAUCGGUCGAAAGCGACAGAAUAUCACCAAAACUGGAAAUGAUUGGGAUUAUUAUUAUGACAGCUAUUGUGCCUCAACAUUGUUUUCGACAACAUCUCCACGACCAAUAAAACGUCAAAGAUUAAUGACACCACAAGCCCGAGGAAAUUUAGUUGUUAAUAAUAAAGUGAAUCUACCGCAACAACAAAUAAUUUUACCAACAAGUCCGAUAUUAAACGGAAAUAGUUUACAAAAUAAUAGCGUUGCAUCAGCUGUAGCACCAGUAGCACUCAAUGGUGGCAGUAACGGUAAUGGCAUCACCACUGCUUCGAGUAUUGGCGAACAAAUUUCAACAGUGUAUCACAUAAAUGGACAGCCGAAUUUGCUAGGACCAUUUAAAGUUUAUAGUAAUCCAGAUACAUUGAUUUGCGGAAACUGUCGCGAAUAUUUUUCGGACUUAUCCGAUUUGUUGGAACACAAACGAUCUUAUUGCAAAUUAAGAUUUACUUGCAAAUGUCAAGACAAUUUUCAAAAAUCGACAUUGUCUUCCUCAACAAAAUUGCUAUGCGCGUUAUGCAAAGACUAUUUCAUUAGUCCGUGGGACUUGAUGGUGCAUGUACAAGCAGCACACAUGAUAAACAUAUAUGAAUUGGGUUUUGAUGCAACAAAUAACAACCACAUUAACAAUAAUAACAACCAUAGUAACAGUAAUAAUAAUAACAACAACAAUAAUAAUAUCAUCAACAACAACAACAAUAAUAAUAAUAAUACAAACAAUGGCAUCAUAAGCAAAAUCGGUGGCAAUAAAAUCGAGUGUUAUGAUCACAGGGAAAGUUCAGGCAGCAAGACGAAUGGAAAUAUUGAUGAAAAAGCAAAUACUGUCGAAACAUCGAACGAAUACUUUGAAGAGAAUGGAAUGCAAUCUCCAAUACUGAAUAAGAUUCCACAAAAAACAACAAUGAAUGGAACUGAAACAAUUACUUCAAUUUUCAACAACGUGUCUUCCGGAUCACCGCUUCCUGCAACCGAAAUGAAAUUCCAUAGUUCAUCAGCAUCGACUCCAAAUAGCUCUCCAAGGCUCGAGAGGCCAGAGCUCAGUUCACCGUCACCAGAUCAAUCGCAGUCAUGUAUCAUGCGAGCACUAAGUAUUGAGACACCAGCUGGUUCGGCAAACACUUCAUUGGGUAUCAUUGCUAAUCCAUUGGCCAUUGCAAUUGGCAGUGGAACAAUCGCAUCACAAUAGAUGUGCACAGAGGCAGUCAAUCUCUACAGAAAAAAGAAUCAAAUCGAACAAAACAAUAUAUAACAAGUGUAAAUUUUAGGAAGUGUUUAACGACUUUCGUGAGUAUUUAAUCUAUUCUCUUACAAUAUUUAUAAUUUUUAACACAUAUAUGUAUUCUAACCUGCUAUAAAACAAAACAAUACCAAAAAAAAUACCAGAAUGUAUUAUAGUAUCGGUAGACUAUCGAUAAGAAAAUCAAAUAUGUCUUCUUAUUUUAUGCUGUAAACAAUACAAAACCAAAUCUAGUCAUGUUCAAAUGGGAUGAAUGAGAUUUGGUCAAUUUUUUUCUCGAUUUUGAAUUGUUAUCCCAAGUGCUAAGUGAAUUAUUUUACCGAUAUACGCACGAAUAUCAUAUACUAAUUACAAUCGCAUUACAAACAAAAACAAACAAACAAAACCAUAUAAAAUUGUAAAGCUCGGAAAAAUAGGAUAUUUUCAUGCAAAGAAAAUGAUAAAAAGCAUAAGGAAUCUGUUGUAUUUAGACACAAUGACAAAUGCCGAAAAGCCAUUUAUUAUAAUUCCCCUUCCGAAUUUUCUUUCAACAGAACCAAACCUAAUAUUACAAUCAAAUAAUGAAAACUUACAUAUUCUCUCUUAUAAAAUGAGGAAAGACAAAUGUUAUCAACUUUAUUUCAGGUGCAUACACCUUCCUUUUUGAUUUUCAUAUCUAACCAAUGCAAAAUACGCGUUGACAAUAUUCAUUGGAUUUUCCACUUAAUGUGAUUACAUAUCGCCAAUAUUCAUGUAUGAGCUUCUGAACUUUUCCAAUUUAAUAAAAUACCUUCCAACACUGUGAAUCAAAUGCAGCCAAAAGCUCUGAAUGAUCAAUGUAGAGAAGAUUUGGUUUUAAUUGUGACAUAAUCAAAUAAAUCACAUAUUAAGGUCAAACAUAUUCAAAAGAGAGAAAAAACAACAACUUACUUAUCAAAUUGUACUUUAUAUCACACAUUGGCAAAACUUUAUUCACACUUACAUUUUAUUCUCCAACCUGUACUAUUUUUAAUCCGCUUAUACUUCUUCUGUAAAACCAUUAUCAACACACCAUCAGUCACAUUGAUUCGAUUAAUUCAGUUGAAAGGUGAAACGGCAUUCAGUACGUUUUCAUAAAAACCAACAAAAAAGAAAAAUACAAUCGAAUGCACACAUCGUAACCAAAUGCUAUGAAUAUCUUUCACAAAUUUCACUUCGAAAACAGAAUAUGUAUUGAAUAUUUCUGUGAUGCUGAAGUUCGACUUUCGAAUAUGCAUUUUAUCUUUACGCUUUAUGGCUGAUAAAAUGUGGCAUGGCCGGAGGCAAUUCUUAAACCAAAAGGGAUUCAUUGACAAAUAACAGCCGAGAACCAUCUUGUAAAAAUUUAACUAUUUUCAAUUUUUGUAAGAGAAUGAUGGCAGAAGAGAAAAGUAGACCGACAAAAAAACACGCACACACACACGUACGGAAAGAGGGAGAGAGAAAGACAUAGGGAGCUCAGCAGUUUGUUUGGAUUUUUCCCGUUUGAGCGACAAAUAUUAAGACCUCGCUUUGAUCUCUAGACAAAUAAGAAUGUCACACAUGAGCUUAUGUACCUUAGUGUUCUAUAUUCUUCGUGUUUUUUUUUCGUUCAAUUUCUUCAGACAAUAUUCUUCGUAACGCUGUUUGUCGCAUUUUUCUUUAACCAGACUAAAUGAACUCGACACAUGAUUUGAUACAUAAUAUUUCAAUCGAUGAGGGACAUGGCAGAGUAUGUUCCCUUUUUGGAGCAAAUAGUAAUCUUUCAUAGGCUUAAAUAUAUGGGUAAACUAGUUUUUUGCAAUUAAAUUGAACAUUUCGAUUGUUUGUAGUUUACUUUUGCAAUGCGAAUAAGAGAUAACGAAUUAUUUUUCAAUGUUGUGUUAUUUUGUAUUAUGAAACGUGGAAAAUCAGGAUCCUCUGUAAAACUUUCCCUUUAAUCACCUUUAAAAUACACAAUCCACUUUAAAAAUCUAUAUAUGUGACGGAACUCACUCUUGUUAAUGACCGACCUCAUCUAAAGAUGUAUGCCAUUUUGACUUGGUUAUAUAUUCAGGCAUUUAUGUGCUUACUGAACCCCUCAGCAUGACCAACUGACCGAUAUUUGACCGUUUACCCAUCUCUUUUGGCACUUUCAUUUCUCUCACUGCUUCUAUUUCUAUACAUUCUCUCUCUCUCUCUCUCUCUCUCUCUCUCUCUCUCUCUCUAUAACCGAGGGGUAGCCUAUCCUCAUAUUUCAAUGGAUUCAUUUGUACUUUAAAAAUUGUACAAAACUCUUCAGUCAAAUCGCAUGGAACAUUGAAUAAUAUUUAGUGUCUGAAGCUCAAAUCAACUAUAAUAGAUUUUCAUUCAUCGUUUCACCUUACAAUUUAUCGUGGUUGCUUUUUAAAACUGCAUUCUGAUAUAAAAUAAAUGCUCAAUCACGUGGUGUAUAGGAAAAAUCUCGCUUGUGUAAAAUCUGAUGAUUCUCAUUUAUCAACUUUGAAAAUGUUAAAUUUUGAUUUGUGGAAAGUAAAUAUAGAUCCUCAAGAUGCUGAAAAAAUAAUCAAUAUAUUUUCGCAAUUUUCCUUAUUUUAAAAUAUAAUGUUAAUUUUGUUUUGAAAAAUCGCAAAACAAUGGAAAUCUUCUUCGGUCGAAAUACAUUGACUGAAGCAAUGCAACUAUUUUUCGGUGUUGUUUUUUUUUGUUUCUCCACAUCCAAAUGUUGAGCGAUCGGAAAUGUUGGAAAUGAUACAGAAAUAAAAGUGUAAUCUUAGUUUUGUUCGUGUAAAACUCAUUAUUUUAUCAUUCCUCCAUUACAUAGAGGUGUGUAUGUGUAGCCACAACAUCAAAUCAACACCAACUGCUGCUCAUUAAAUGAAACCGAACAUUUUUGGUUGAGCGAAUAUUGUAAUAAAAUUGUAUUGCAAUUGAAAAGUGAAUCGAAUUCGUGCAUUCACGACUCUAUGCAUUUUGGCUGCUGGUAAUUUUACAGCAAAAUUUACGUACAAAAUAUCAUAUUAAUUUGAACAUUCAUAGAUUUGCUCAUUCAAAUGGUAUUAUGAUACUGUAUUCUUCGGUGAAAAGCAAUACAUUUUUCAAACGGCAUUGGUUCUAUUAUAAUAUACAUAGAGAGAGAGAGAGAGAGAGAGAGAGAGAGAGAGAGAGAGAAAUACUUUUCUACGAAUGCUUGCUUUCUAUACUCUUCCAAUUGCAAUUAAAAUAUUAUUUCUCUCUGCCUCAGCGCUAGUUAAGAACAAAGUUAUUGCCGUUGACGAAUGAAGAAGUUCUUUAAUAUCAAUGAAUAAUAAUGGAAUUUAUUAUAUUACAUAUCUACGGACCCAGAAAAUAAUUAAUAUCAUAAGUUAUUGAAUAUAUUUAACCAAAGAAAGAAACAACAAAAAAAUGAAAUGAACGAUGAGUGAAAUUGAAACAUAAAUGCAAUCAAUGUUUAUUUUCGUUUGGCUAAAUCAAGUGGAAAACACACUAAGAGCUUUUGACCUUUAAUUACAAUUUGUGAAACAUUCGUUUCAGCCUCAAUCUUAAUAUAUAAUAUAUAUUAUCUGGUAAAAUAUCGGCAACAUUGUCCGUUUGUGUAAAUAGAUGCAACAGACAAGACAAACAGAAAAAAAUAAAACGGAAAAUAAAAACAAUAUACAAAACUUAACAUAGAAUACUAAAAUCAACAACAAAAAACACAACAAGAUGGUUAAUUAUUUUUAUUGUAACAUUUUUUCUAGGUCUAAGUAUGUUUUAGUCAAAAUGUAAUACAAGUACAUAUAAACGAAUAUGUGUGACUGAAAAUGGGACACAUAUUAAUGAAACGCUAAAGCGAAAUAAAAACGGUUCUCUUUUCUUUAUUUUUUAUUAAAAUGCAACAACAUUGUUCUUU